AUGCAGUGUUACCCUCCCUUUGCAUAUUUAACACCACCUGCUUCGCCAACAUGCGAAAAAUACCGACUUGAAAUACAACAGAAAUCGCAAUACACUCGCCGCUUUCUGCUUGGGCGAUGCGUGCCUCUAGCCGCAGAGCAGAGACUAGGCCGCGUGGUACAAGGCAAACUGCAUCUCACUGAUAUUAUCGGCACUGGUGCUUACGGUGUGGUCUACUCUGCCAUUGACAUCACGACGGGCAUGCGCUACGCCAUCAAGUGUCUAAGCAAGUAUAACGAUAAUGGCACCCUCCUAGAGCGACGACAAAUAGCCCGCCAACAACAAGAGAUCAGCCUACACUACCGGGCGUCAUCGCACGCCAACGUCGUGUCUAUCCACACAAUCGUGCACGAGGUUGACUGCAUCUACAUUGUUCUCGAAUACUGCCCUGAGGGUGACCUGUUCCUCAACAUCACCAAGCGUGGGCACUACGUCGGCAAUGAUCUGCUGGCCAAGCAGGCUUUUCUUCAGGUUCUUGAUGCUGUCGAGCACUGCCACAAGCUCGGUAUCUACCACCGUGAUAUUAAGUCCGAGAACAUCCUUGUGAGAGACCAGGGGAAGACGGUCAAGCUGGCGGACUUUGGCCUAGCCACUGCAGAUGAUCGAUCUGAGGACUAUGGCUGUGGAUCUACCUUUUACAUGAGCCCAGAGUGCCUAGACCCUACCAUGCAGAAACCAUAUUACAUGUGUGCUCCUAGCGAUGUCUGGAGUCUCGGUGUCAUUCUGGUCAACCUGGCCUGCGGACGCAACCUAUGGAAGCAGGCCUCUGUUCUGGACUCCACCUACCGCGCAUAUCUUCGCCGUCCUGGCCUGCUCAAGACCAUCUUGCCCUUGUCAGAUGAGCUCAAUGAUAUUCUAGGAUGCAUUUUCCACCCUAGCCCGGAAUUGCGGAUCAACAUGACAGACCUUCGCAGCCGCAUCGUAUCGUGCUCCACCUUCACCAGACUUCCCACCACCAGACUUCCCACCGGUCCCGAGCCUGCCACGAAAGAGCUCGUGGCCUGCACAGGACUCCACCUGGAAUGA